GGUGGAACCUUUGCUGGUAUAUCUUUCUGUCAAUUUAUCUCUAUAUAAGUACAAGAACACAUUCCAUAUCCCACAACAAAUUCAUACAGCGAAUUAAGCAUCUCACAUCAAGCAGAAAGCUAUUUCCAGUUCUAGUUUAUCAGUUGACACACAAGAAGUUAUCAGCAUGAGUUCAACAAGCAGAGCUUGGAUGGUGGCAGCAAGUAUAGGAGUAGUGGAGGCAUUGAAAGAUCAAGGGUUGUGUAGAUGGAACUAUGCCUUGAGAUCAAUUCAGCAACAUGCCAAGAACAAUAUCAGAAGAUCAUAUUCUCAACACCCUAAAAUGCUUUCUCCACUUUCUUCUUCUGCUGUGUCUAAGAAUCUUAAAGAUGAGAAAUUGAAGAGGUCUGAAGAAUCACUUAGAACUGUUAUGUAUUUAAGCUGUUGGGGCCCUAAUUGAACCCCUCGUGUAAUCUGUAAAUAUACAUAUCCAUAAAUGCAAUUCCAGUUUUGAUUUAAAA